UGCAAUAUAAUGAAAAUGGGAAAAAGGCGACCGGCGUCGAGUAUAUUAUAGCAAGAAAUUCGCGUUUCCUCGCUGGUUUCGUCCCUUGUUUGGCGACAUCGAGUGCAUGAUGGAAAUGAGAAUAGGAAUAUCGAAUAUGGCGGUAGAUCUUUCAGAUAGCUUUCGGGAGAAGGAAGAAAAUGAAGCCGUUUGUGACCAGGGCGUGUGGCGAAUACGAGUGAGCGAGACAACAAUCAAAGGUCUCCGAGAGAUUCGGCUCAGACUCUCAUUGAGUUCGUACGAAGAAGUAUUUUGUCUGCUUCUCGAUAGCUAUAAAGAUUCAGCAAGCUGGAGACACCAAACUGACACUGUGGGACUGAGUACAGACCAUACGAGUGAGAGCUUAACUGAGGCAGGUCAUCAAAGGACUGAAGAAUGUGAACCUGACAAUGUUGAUAUAAAAACCAUGGCAAAUAAGGAGGUGACGUUAGACAGGGAAAUCAAAGAGGAGACAUAUGAGACUUACAGCAUUGUCAAGGAAGAAGACCUGAAGGACACUUUGACAAGACAGAACCCUUUGCAGGAAGACAAGGCAGGAGGCUGUAGGACAGAGAAUGAAACAACUCUCCAAAAGUCAGAGAAACCAAGAGGAACUCCUGAGACUUCCUUAGAGCAUAGUAAUUUUGAAGGAAGACCGACUGGAGAUGGUGGAUCGGAAGCACUAUCAACACAUGGUCAUGGUGAUUCCAUGGUUGACCGAAGGUCAGAAGAAGGCUGGACAGAAGACAAUGAUGACAAGGAGAUAGAGGUUCCUCAAUCAUCAGAAAGGAUGUUGACUUGCUUUAUAAAGGAAGAACCUGAAGACAGUACAGAAGGUGAAGCUGAAGGCUCCAAUCUCCAUGACUUACCAUCCUGCAGCCAUCAAGGUGGGAAGUCAAGGAAUUUGUCUCAAAGAAGGAUUCAGGAAAUGUCAGGUGAUAGGUCGCAUGGGAAACAUCUUCUAGAUGAUACGGUGAGUGAGGAUGAUUCUUAUCCUGCACCAAACCCAGUGGAUUGUUCUCGAAGAGAGGUGGAUCUUAAUGAUAGAAGAUUGGAAGUAGAUGCAGACAUCAAACUGGAGCGUGGUGCGAACUGUGAAACAACUUGUGCAGGAAGCAUACAGACUUCUUCUGUUUGUUCAAUAAGAAAUGAAACACAUUCGUCUUCUAGCAACCCAGUGAAAGAUAAGCUUUUCGCCUGCUCUGUUUGCAACAGACAAUUUAUGCAUAGGUUUUCUCUAAACUCUCAUAUGAAAACCCAUGUAGAAGGAAGACCUCACGGGUGUUUUGUUUGCAAGAAACGAUAUCUGCAUCUAUCUAGUCUCAGAGCUCAUAUGCAAAGUCAUACAGGAGAAAAACCCUAUGCAUGUUCUAUUUGUGACAAAAGAUUCAGUCAUUCCAGUAGUCUCAGAACACACAAUGCUCUCCAUACAGGAAAUAAACCACAUCAGUCUUCACUUUGCUCAAAGACAUUUUUGGAGAGAGAUCAUUUGGUUUCACACCAACGAACACAUGUACGUAAAACAGGAAGUAUACAGUCUACUCGAGUUUGUUCAAGCAGAAAUCAAAGGCUUCAUGAGUGUUCUUUGUGCGAGAAAAUGUUUGUGCGUGCAUAUGAUCUCAGAACUCAUAUGCGAAUUCACACAGGAGAAAAACCCUAUGCGUGUUCUAUCUGUGACAAAUGCUUCGGUGAUGCCAGUAAUCUCAAAGCACAUAUGGCUCUCCAUACAGGGGAAAAACCGCAUCAGUGUUCACUUUGUUCACAGACUUAUUGGAAGAGGGAUCAAUUGGAUGCACAUGAAAGAACACAUUUAAGUGAAACCGGAAGUUUACCGGAAGGGCAAUCUUCCAAUAACCCGGCAGACGAAAAACCUUUUAGGUGUGCUAUUUGCAACAAAGGAUUUUACCAAAUAUCUUAUCUUGAUAAACAUUUGAGAACCCAUGGAGAUGAAAAGCCUCAUGAAUGUCCCGUGUGCAAGAAAAGAUUUCUGCGUGGCUCUAAUCUUGGAAGACAUAUGAGAAUUCAUACAAAAGAAAAACCUUACAUCUGUUCUAUUUGUGACAAAACCUUCAGGUUUGACAGUAAUCUCAAAGCACAUAUGACUGUUCAUACAGGGGAAAACCCACAUCAGUGUUCACAUUGUUCAAAGACAUAUUGGAAGAGAGAUAGAUUAGUUGAACACGAAAGAACUCAUACGAGUGAGAACCCCUUUUCAUGCUUGAUGUGUGAUGCAAGAUUUAGUAGUACACAUGAGCUGGUGGAACACAGAAAUACACACGCAGGAAUGGAAACCAUUGUAGUGUCCAUUAUUCCCACAUAAAACCCUACACCAGAUACAAACCUUAUGCGUAUCGUCAUUGUGACAUAGCGAGAUCUUCUCACCUAUGCUAAAAGAGUUGAUAUAGGGUGGCAUUUGCUCCAGUAGAAAUUGCUAAGGGCUUUAUUUCAUCCAAGAUAUAGGGUUAGUGUUAGGGUUUUAUUUUAGUUUUAGGGUUAAAUUUAGGGUUACACUUUGUAAUUCCAAAGGUUCGUAAGUCUGAAACACGUAAAUUACCUAUACCUCAAUGUUCGUUAAUCC